AUGAUGAAUCCCGUGGUUCUACUCGAUGACCCAAUCAAAAAGGACUAUUCUCCACUCCUCCGCAAAGUGGUGACAUUGAUUGGAGGCUGCGACAGACUAGACGUGAUAAUCCAACAGGAGAUCAACGACGUGACACACCUCAACGAGAUCCUAUUCCGCUACUACACCCUAUUGCGAACCGAGGUGCAAGAACGCGAAUGGUUCAACUACAACUUCAGCAUCAACAUCAUCUUCAACAUCAAAAAGCAGAAGCUCUUGCAAUUGGCGCCCCAAUGGCACCACGCCUACGUGGCUCAAUCGGAAACCGAAGUAAUUAAAACGCCCAAAUCACACACGACCGUGCUAGACGUCGAUUUAGCAGAGGCGCACUUUUCAGAGUUGGAGAACAAGUCUGCUGGCGAGUUCAAGACUACCGCGGUGGGAGGCACAUUCGACCACUUGCACGACGGCCACAAGAUCCUCCUCUCGAUGGCGUCGUUCUUGACUAAGAGCCGCAUGAUCAUCGGAAUUACGGGGCCUGAUUUGCUCAAGAAUAAGAAAUAUGGCGAGUUUUUGGAGUCGUUUACCAGGCGGGAACAACUGGUGAUUGAGUUUCUUCAUUUGAUAAUGGGCGAUGAUCAGUACUAUGAGAUUUACAAGAUUGAUGACGUGUGCGGUCCCACGGGAUACCUACGAGAUAUCGACGGGUUGGUCAUUAGCCAUGAGACGGCGUCGGGGGCUAGGUUCGUCAACGACUAUAGAAAAGACCACGGGUUCAAAGUGUUGGAUGUCACCGCAAUCAAGGUUAUUGGCCAGGAGGAGUCGAACGCCGACAAUUCCUGGAAGGGGAAAAUCAGCUCGACUGAUAUUCGAGAGCGGGAAUUUCAAAGAAAGGAGCUGUUGGAGCACUUUGCUCAUAGUCGCUGA